AUGAGUCAGCCAUGUGUGGUUCUCGCAACAGCUAGCUAUGAUCACACGAUCCGAUUCUGGGAAGCCGAGAGCGGUCGAUGUUACCGUACUAUUCAGUAUCCUGACUCGCAUGUGAAUAGACUCGAGAUAACUCCAGAUAAGCGUCAUCUGGCAGCUGCUUGCAAUCCUCAUAUUCGACUCUUUGAAGUCAAUUCCAACAGCCCUCAACCUGUGAUGACGUAUGAUUCACACACCAACAAUGUUAUGGCAGUCGGAUUCCAGUGUGAUGGGAAAUGGAUGUAUUCAGGAUCAGAAGAUGGCACUGUUAAGAUCUGGGACUUAAGGGCUCCAGGUUGCCAAAGAGAGUAUGAAAGUGUUGCUGCAGUAAACACAGUUGUUUUACACCCAAAUCAGACUGAAUUGAUAUCUGGAGACCAAAACGGCAAUAUCCGUGUAUGGGAUCUCAGAGCAAACUCUUGUAGCUGUGAACUGGUACCAGAGGUUGAUACAGCUGUACGGUCUCUAACAGUUAUGUGGGAUGGGACAAUGGUUGUUGCUGCUAACAACCGUGGAACAUGUUAUGUUUGGCGCUUGUUGCGUGGAAAACAGACGAUGACAGAGUUUGAGCCCCUUCAUAAGCUACAAGCUCAUAAUGGCCAUAUCCUUAAAUGCCUGCUCUCUCCUGCUAACAAAUAUCUAGCGACCGCAUCAUCUGAUAAAACCGUCAAAAUAUGGAAUGUCGAUGGUUUCAAACUAGAGAAAGUUUUAACAGGACAUCAAAGAUGGGUCUGGGACUGCGUCUUCUCAGUGGAUGGAGAAUUUCUUGUAACAGCAUCAUCGGACAUGACGGCUAGGUUGUGGUCUAUGCCAGCGGGAAAAGAAGUGAAAGUGUACCAAGGUCAUCACAAAGCCACCGUGUGUUGUGCACUCCAUGAUUAA